AUGGCUAACAACUCGCGAUCCGUCUACCUUCCGGCCAUGCAGGCGAUGCCCGGCCUGACGAACCAGCAGAUCCGGCAGCUGCACUUCAUCGAGCAGCUCCGCGCCGCCGGCUACACGCCCGUCUCGUACUUCCAGGAGCAGCGGCAGCUUCAGCAGCAGCAGCUGUACGAGCAGGACCUUGCCUCCCAGGUCGACGCCUCGGACGACGAUUGCAAGACGGCCGUCGAGGGACACGAGGUGGCCGGACGUCAGGUGGGCAACGGCUCGUACGACGCGUCAACGGCCGGCUUCUCGGUCCGCUCGCAGCACUUCGACGCCUACUACCAGUAC